AUGUCUAUCUCAUCUGCAACCGCUAAGGAAUACGAAGAAGCUUACAGUGCACACAACUACCAUCCCUUACCAGUUGUGUUCCACAAGGCUCAAGGUGCCCAUGUUUGGGACCCUGAAGGAAAGGAAUACUUGGACUUCCUUUCUGCUUAUUCUGCCGUUAACCAAGGCCAUUGUCAUCCUAAAAUUGUUGGUGCAUUGGUCGACCAAGCGCAAAAGUUAACUCUUUGUUCUAGAGCUUUCUCGUCUGAUGUCUUUGGUCAAUACGCUAAGUACGUGACUGAAUAUUUCAACUACGAAAUGGUUUUACCAAUGAACACCGGUGCUGAAGCUGUUGAGACUGCCUUGAAGUUAGCUAGAAGAUGGGGCUACGUUAAGAAAGGUAUUAACCCCGAUGAAGCUAUCAUUUUGGCUGCUCAAAACAACUUUCACGGUAGAACUCUUGGAAUCAUUUCCAUGAGUACUGAUCCAGACGCUACUACUAACUUCGGGCCUUAUUUGAAAGGUGUUGGUCCUCAAAUUCCUGGUGAACCAGAGGGUUCCGUUAUUAGAUACGGUGUCAUUGAAGACAUUGAAAGGGCAUUGAGCAAUGCUGGUGAUAAAAUAGCCGCUAUUCUUUUGGAACCAAUUCAAGGUGAAGCUGGUAUCGUUGUCCCUCCUCCGGAUUACUUGCCUCGUGUUGCGGAAUUAUGUAAGCAACACAAAGUUUUGUUGAUUUGCGACGAGAUCCAGACCGGAAUUGCCAGAACAGGAAAGAUGCUCUGUUACGAACAUUCCGAGGGUGUGAAGCCUGACGUUGUCCUUUUGGGAAAGGCUAUUUCCGGGGGUGUCUAUCCAGUUUCAGCCGUCUUGUCCUCCAAGGAAAUCAUGUUGACUUUAGAACCAGGUUCUCACGGUUCUACUUAUGGUGGUAACCCAUUGGCUUGUGCCGUGGCCAUUGCUGCCUUGGAUGUUGUUAAGGAUGAAAAGUUGGUGGAAAGAGCAGAAACCUUGGGUAAUCUUUUGAAAUCCAAAUUGGAAGACCUAAAGGCUGAAUCCAAUGGUGUUAUCUCGGAAGUAAGAGGUAAAGGCUUAUUAUCAGCUAUCGUUAUCGAUGAUACCAAAACCAACGGUAGAUCUGCUUGGGACUUGUGUCUUGUCAUGAAGGAGAAGGGUGUAUUGGCUAAGCCAACCCACGACCAUAUCAUCAGAUUGGCUCCUCCAUUAGUGAUUAGUGAAGAAGACUUACUUAAGGGAGUUGAAGUUAUUAGAGAAUCCUUAAAGGAAUUGCCAAAUGCUCCAAAGGCACACCAUUAA